AUGAAGGGCUUUAAAGUUGGCCUGGCCUUAACGGCUGGGAUUCUUGCAGAAGUCCAGGGCACCAACUUCACAUAUGACCAGCAACACUUUUACUUGGAUGGGAGCCCGUUGCAGAUCAUCGGCGGUCAGUUUGACCCUCAGCGUAUCCCACGCGGAUUUUGGAAGGACCGCCUAGCGAUGGCCAAGGCCAUGGGCCUGAACACUGUCUUUUCGUACAUCUUCUGGCAUGACCUCGAACCGCAGCCGGGCGAAUGGGACUUCACUGGCAAUAACGAUAUUAGUGCCUGGUACGAGGCUGUCCAAAAUGCCGGCUUAUAUGCAGUAAUCCGACCUGGACCAUACGUUUGUGGCGAAACGGAAUGGGGCGGCUAUCCAGGCUGGCUCAACAAUAUCAAAAAUAUGAGUGUGCGAACCAAUAACCCUCAAUUCCUUGCGGCCAGCAAGACGUAUUUGGAGCAGCUGGGGCCCCACGUUCAAAAGUACCAGGUCAGCGAAGGCGGUCCUAUUCUCAUGGUUCAGGUAGAAAACGAAUAUGGCUGGUUUGGCAGUGACUUGGCAUACAAAGAGGCCCAAUUGAAGCAGAUCAAGUCCGUCUUCGAUAUCACACCCUACACUACGGACGCAUCUACGCAGGCUCAGGUUCAGGAUGGCUCUAUCCCUGGUGUCCUAACCUUGACCGACAACGAACAUCCAGAGACUGCCUACGCAGCACACGACCAGUACGUCACCAAUCCAGCCCAGGCGGGCCCUCACAUCGACAGCGAGUUUUACGCCUGGUGGGCAUCGGUAUGGGGCCCGAACAACACACACUGGACAUACGUUAAUGACGGACCUCGACGGGAGAUAUUCAUCAACGACACGGACUGGGCCUUGGGAAUCAAUGGGUCUCUGAACUUUUAUAUGUUCCACGGCGGAACCAACUAUGGUUUUGGGAAUGGAGCCCUGGAUUUUGGUGACGGUUACCAGGCAUUUACUACAAGCUACGACUACGGUGCACCUCUGGACGAGAGUGGGCGACCAACAAUUACGUACUAUGAGCUUCGCGCCGUGAUUUCCAAGCAUGUAUCCAGCAUCCCCGAUGUUCCCACCGUCCCGCCCUUGCAGCAGAUUGACAGUUUCAAGCUGAAGCCCAUCAAAGGACUAUUCGACAAUCUUGAUGACGUGACACACGUUACUGCCAAAUCUCCAGUCACAAUGGAGUCGCUUGAUGCUUACACUGGCUAUGUUCUCUACGAGGCUAAGAUCCACGACGCCAUAGAUGGUGUAGUGAAGCCCGGUGAUAAACCUCGUGACCGGGUCAUUGUCUACGUCAAUGGAGUUCGUCAAGGCGUAAUUGACCCAAUCCAUACAGUUGUCAACACAGUUUCGGUAUCUCUUCAUCCAGGUGAUAAACUUCAGCUUUUCGUUGAAAACUUGGGACGUGUCGACUUCGAUGGGGCAAUGUCUGAUCAGAGAAAGGGAAUUGUCGGCAAUGUCACUGUUGGCGGAACUGAUGUUUACGGCUGGACGUCCUACUCUCUACCCGCUGAUACAGCUCCAACCAAUUUUAAGGGGCAAGAGUCCAUCGGCUCGAACGAUGGACCCCCCAUGUGGUACCACGGCUCCUUUGAGAACAAGAACAAUGGCCAGGCCGCAGAUACUUACUUGGCAAUCAGUGGCAUCAAGGGACAGGCGUACGUGAACGGCUUCAACCUUGGGCGUUACUGGAUGGUCGGGCCCCAGCAGCAGCUAUAUGUCCCGGGUUCCCUCCUCAAAAAGGGCCGGAAUGACCUUGUCCUCCUUGAACUGGAGCCUCAAGUGGAGCCGCUCACAGCGGAGGGAGUGCCUCUUCGGAGUUGGUUUUCAAAUGACGAUCCUGACUGUGGGAGCUGCCAGUACGCUCCUACUCGUACUGCUCCUGCAUGA